CCGCCGGAGCCUCCCCGCGGCAGGACCUUUUCCGGCGCGGCACAGCUGCUGCUCAGCCUCAUGGACGUGAACUUGCAAUUCUGGAGCACGGAGGGCAAAUCUUUUUUCCAAAGAUUUCUUCACUGGGCAGAUAUUUUAGACCCUACAGUCUUACUGAAUUCUAAUGAAACAAUAGAAAAAUCCAGAUUACUCUUACAAACCAGUGCUCAGACUCUUCAAGAGCCUUUACAGGACAAAAAGGUAAAAGAAGCCUGGAAGCUAAGUCUGUCCUCUGUGCACCCUGGUACUGGCGAGAUAAUUCCCCUUGUGUUUAGACCACCAGCUUUCCUGCCCUUAGCCACCCCACUGAUUUUUGCUAGUUUACUACCACACAGAGGAGCAAAGCAAGCAUUGAUUUGGCAGUUCCUAUUUCAUGCUUACACUGCUGGAUUCACCAUAGCAAAUGGAAAUGCUACAGCUAAAGCUGAAGAAACUGCAUUGCCACAAAAGCUGCCACAAAAGCAACUCCUUAUGUGCACAGGUGCCAUCUCUUAUUCAGCAUGUAUGGGAGCAUUUCCUUACUUUGUCAUGACACAACAUAGACUGAGUGGUCCUAUGCAAACGUUCUUCAGAAAAAUUUUACCCAUUCCACUUCUUGCCUGCCUGAGUGUAUUUAAUGUGAUGAUUGUCCGAGGAACUGAGUAUGAGAAUGGAAUUGAAGUUAUGGACAAGAAUGGCAAGGUCAUAGGAGUGUCACAAAAAGCUGGGCUGAAGGCAGUACAAGACACAGCUUUAUCAAGAGCAGCCUUGUUUGGGACAGCAGUAAUUAUUCCAGAGUCUCUUCUCUACUUCUUGAACCGCACAAACUUUUUACUCAGAAAUCCACAUGCUUUGACCCCACUGAGACUGCUUAUGACUGUUUCAGCAUUGGGUGCGUUGCUACCAGUUUCAUUCAGUGUAUUCCCGCAGUUGGGAGAGAUAAAACGAGAUGACCUUGAAAAAGAGAUUUUGUCAUCCACAGAAGAAACUGAGCUUUUUUACAACAGGGGAGUUUAGGAAAUGGCUUUAACUUUUAAGUGUGCUUUUGAUUAAACUGAAUUUGUUCAUCCA